AUGUCUCGCAACAUUCGGCAAAAGUACCCCGCGGCGGCGGCCAAAGCCCAGAAGCGUCGGCGAGACUCGGACACAUCAUCAUCUCUUGAUCUCUCCGACGAGGAGGGCUACUCAGCCGUCGAAGACAUCAGUGACUCCGAGGACAACGACGAGGAGGAUGUAAUCGCGGUCGAGGAGGAAAUGAUACUCACAGAGGGCCUCCCCAAACCCCCUGAUGCUCCUCGACCGCUGUCGGAUGAUGACGCCGAAGAAGAAGAAGACGCUGGCAAUGACGAAGACGAAGACGACGACGAGGACGACGAUGUCGAAGACGAGGUCGAGGACGAAGACGACGGCGAUGCUGAUAAUGCCAGCUGGGCCGGCAUUGUCUCAGAAGUUGACGAUGAACACGACUUCUACCACGAUCCCAACGCCUUCGCCUCAGACCCCGUCGUAGAGCGCCAUGUUCGCUUCGACGUGCCGGACAGCGACUCUGACUCCACCGAAACGGAAGACGACCACGCCGACCUGUUUCCCGACAUUUUCGUCUCGCAGAAUGCUCUCGAUCCUGCUUUUCGCAAAGAGAUUGAGCAUGACCCGGAUGAAUCCUCCGGCUCCAACUCCUUCUGGGAUUACCAUGGCCAUUACGAAGAAGAAGAGGGAGAGGACUCGGACUCGGAUGCCGAGGAAGUGCUUGAUGGUUACGAGUCUGAUGGCGACACGACUGAUGAAGAAGACAUACCCGAGCCCAUCAUCCGCAAGAGAAGUCGGCGCCAGUCUAAUGCAAUGAGCGACGACGAGGUAUCUGGUUCGGAGGCAGACUCGCCCGUCAAGCCAGAGCGUGGCCAGCCUCGCGUGGGCCGCUUCAACCUUGAUCGGUCGGACAAGAAGCCCAUCGCCGUCCUCAACCCGCUGACGCGCAAGAUGAUGAUCUUCACGCCCACUCGACGGCGGCAGCUCGACCUGUCCCCGGAGCAGUUCAACCUCCCCUGGGCGAUCGAGGAGCAUUCGACUCCGCUGCUCAGCAACUCGGCCAAUAUGAUGCUCAGCGCCAUGUUCUCUUCCAACACCUUUGGUGAUUUUAUCAAUGCCCAAGCCAUGGGUCCUGCGGAGGCCUUCUUCCCCUUCCCAGCCGAGGCCAACGCCGACGAUAGCUCCACCGCCCCUAGCAUGGAGGAGGAAGAGGAGGAGGACGAUGAAGAAAAGCUCAACAUCAACGACUUCAUCACCUUUGGCGAGGCCGACGAUGAUGAGUCGUCUGGCGACGAAGCAAACGGCAACAAGUGGCGCGCAUCACCCAACCGCCCGACCACCGCCUCGAGCGACAUGGGAGAAGUCCUGUCGCAUCUCAACUCGAACACUGUUGGCGCCUUCCGCCGCAAUCAAAUCAACCAGCAGCUGAUUCUGAGCAACCAAGCGACCCAAGACUCUCUGGCCUUCAGCGGGCCAUACAACUACACUGCCCUUCGGGGCUUGAAGUCGGAUCGUUUCGACACGGCAGCCAUUCCCUUGACCCCGGCCCGGCGGCAUAAGAAGCAGCUGAGCGACAUGGCCCGCGGCCCUCUCGACCCGUUGUCCGCAAAGCGCAAGGCCACGAGCGAGGCCAGCGGAAGCAGCCACAAGAAGCAUCGAAGCAUCUCUUCCGACGUCAACGCCCUAGGGCUUUGAAUCGCCUGACACAGCAAGGCAACCCAAAUACGAGCGAGGACGGUGCACAGAUGUGCCCCUGGCCCCAUACGUGACGCAUUAUUUCUUUACAACAUCUGCAUAUGCAUCUCCUUUCCUUUAUAUCUUAAGCACUUCAGCCAAGACCACGGGGGUUUCCUUUCCAGCGUUUCCGGCACCUGUCGUUCUCUCCACCUGGUAGACGGCGCAAACAGGAAUUUGGCCUUUGGAAGCAAAGCUAUGCCGUUCUCGGGAUCCUCGACACCGUUACAGGAGAAAUCUCAAUGGGAUUAAAAGCAUUAGAGGUUGACAUUUCUUCAAAAAGUUUUGCUCUUGGUGACACUCGAGGGCGGUGCAUGGCAUGGCCCCGGGUGUCUAUAAAAGCCUGUCUCCUGCUAUGCCCGCAACUUAAUGACCUAAUGUCUAGCAACGACGGCUGAUGUCGGAAGACGAGCCCGUUGCCUCACUUGCACGACAAAUCAUCGCACCGCAUGUAUGAUGAGAUGAUUUUGCAUUUUAUCUGUACCGUCUCUUUUUUUUCUCCUCAUUCAUUCC